CAUUAUUCCAUUAAUAUCUCUUUCUAUCCGUUUUUGGGUAUUCUAAAGUCCAUAAAUUAAUUGUUUCACAUAAUUGUUUUUUCAUCUCUCCUCAUAUCUCAAUUUUAAAGAGUUUCUAGAAUAGAAGGGCGACGAUUGGUCGCCAGGUCCCGCUCGGCCGCCGGGUCCCCCUCCGCUGAACAUCUGAAGAGAGUGGACGAUGUCGUCUGAUUUAGGGUGGAAGAAACCUCAAACCACCUAGCGGCGCGGCACAUCCGCCCCGGAAGAAACCAAAUGGCAGUGGCAACUCCACUCCGGAAAGAACCUUGGCAGUAAUGAAUCCUCCAUCCUCCACAAGACACUUUCAGUGUCGAACAAAUGCUUAGUUUCCCCAAAGUUCUUGGAGCAUCUAUGAAGUACCCGUUACUCUUCCCAUCCCCAGGUCGACAAUUUAGCCACAUGAACAAUUCAAAGGCUGUGAACCAAUGGAAUAGAACUGUGGUGGUUGUAAAGAGAUUGUAUUCUACACAUAGAAAAUAUGGCACGAAUGCCAUAGACGCCCAUGCCAUCAAAACAGCAUUUAACCUACAGACGAGCCGCCACAAUAACCAGCUCCAAGAUUUACUUAAAAGGAACCAAAUUUCUGAGGCACGCCAACUGUUCGACUGGAUGCCCCAAAGAAACACGUUGUCAUUUAACAUGAUGAUUUCCUGCCACCUCAAGUUAGGCGAACUCUUUCAUGCCAGGGAGCUUUUUAACAGCAUGUCUUACCGGACUGCGAUUACUUGGACAACACUAAUCGGUGGGUACGCACAGAACAAUCAGCCCAGAGAGGCUUUUAACCUUUUUGUCGAAAUGCUCAGGACAGACGUCAGGCCUGAUUCUGUCACGUUUACAACCGUCUUGUCGGGCUGUGAUGAGACGAUUACGAAAAGGGACGUCAGCCAAGUCCAUGCCCAGGUCGCAAAGUUCGGGUUCAGAGCUGACCUGUCACUCUGCAACAGCUUGCUCGAUUCCUACUGCAAGUCCCGGAGUCUCGAUUCGGCUUUUGACUUCUUUAUGGAGAUGGGCCUGAGAGACACCAUCACUUUCAACACGAUUAUCACAGGCUGCUCGAGAGAAGGUGCGAUUGGCGAGGCAGUAAGAUUCUUCGUGGGGAUGCAGGAUUACGGAUUUAGGCCCACUAAUUUCACAUUUGCCGCACUUUUACGGGCCUGCGCCGAUGUGAAUGACACCGCCCUCGGGUUGCUGAUCCACGGGCUCGUCAUCAAGGCCAAUUUCGUCCAGGACGUUUUUAUUUGCAACGCGCUUCUUGAUUUUUACUCCAAGCAUGAUUUCGUCGAGGAUAUGAGAACAUUGUUCGACCAGAUGCCAGUGUUGGAUGGCGUCUCGUACAACAUUCUUAUAACGAGUUACGCUAAAAACGUGCGGCUCGAGGAAUCACUCUGUCUAUUCAAACGAUUGCGGCUGACCAAUUUUAGCCGGAGGGACUUUCCCUUUUCGACCAUGCUGAGUGUAGCUGCAAACAUGCAGGAUAUCAAGAUGGGAAGGCAGUUACACGCGCAGGCUCUCGUGACGAAUGCAGAUUCGGAAACCCAAGUGGCGAACGCGUUAGUCGACAUGUACGGCAGAUGCGGAAAGUUUGAGCAGGCCAAGUAUUUAUUCACGAGUUUGGCAUGCAUGGACACUAUCCCUUGGACGGUCAUGAUAUCGGCCUACAUCCACCGUGGCCUCAAUGCCGAGGCCCUCGACUUGUUCAAUGAGAUGCGCAGAGCCGACAUCCAUGCUGACCAAUCGACUUUUGCGAGCAUAUUGAACGCCUCAGCAAGCUUGGCCUUGAUUUCGUUGGGGAAGCAACUGCACGCACGUCUGAUAACUGCUGGAUUCGAGUCCAACGUCUAUUGCGCUAGCGCCCUCUUGGACAUGUACGCGAAAUGCGGAUCGUUGAAGGACUCGUCCGCGAUUUUCGUAAGCAUGCCCGAGAGAAACAGCAUCUCUUGGAACGCGAUGAUCUCGGCGUACGCCAAGGACGGGGACGCCGAGGCCACUUUUCGCUCGUUCGAGGAUAUGGCGAGUUCGGGCUUCAGGCCCGACCACGUCAGCUUCCUCUCAGUGUUAACCGCUUGCAGUCAUAACGGACGAGUGGACGAGGCCCUCAGGUAUUUCGACACGAUGACUCGGACUCAUGGGCUCGUCCCACGAAGAGAGCACUACGCGUCGUUGGUCGACGUGCUCUGCCGGCGUGGCAGAUUUGCAGAGGCCGAGGAAUGGAUGGAACGGAUGCCGUUCGAGCCAGACGAGAUCAUGUGGUCCUCAGUUUUGAACUCGUGCAGGAUCCACAAGAAUCGGGAGUUUGCGAAAAGGGCGGCCGGCGAGCUUUUCAAGCUCGACGGGCUCAGGGACGCCGCAGCCUACGUCACGAUGUCGAAUAUUUACGCGGAGGCCGGGGAGUGGGAUGACGUGGCGAAGGUCAAAAAGGCCAUGCGUGAGCGUGGGGUCCGCAAGGUGCCGGCCUGCAGCUGGGUUGAGGUGGAUCGCGAGGUGCACGUGUUUUCAGUUAAUGACAGGGCCCACCCGCUGAGUAAGGAGAUUAGGAGAAAGAUAGAUGAGCUGGCGGAGAGGAUGGAAGUGGAAGGGUACCAGCCGGAUGUGAGCUGCGCCUUACAGAAAGUGGAUGACGAGGCGAAAGCCGAGUCGCUCAAGUACCAUAGUGAGAGGUUGGCGAUUGCUUUUGCUCUUAUUAAGACUAAGGAGGGUUUGCCGAUAGUGGUGAUGAAGAAUUUGAGGGCGUGCGUGGAUUGCCACGCUGCUAUUAAGGUGAUAUCGAGGAUUGUGGGUAGGGAGAUUACGGUGAGGGAUUCGAGUAGGUUUCAUCGGUUUAAGGAUGGGGCUAUUGUUGGGAUAAGAUUGAUUGAUUGUUGUGAGACUGAGCUGGAAUUCGUUUUAGGGGUCGUGUUUCUUACGGCUGUCCAGUACACCAUCGACGCCACCACUGCCCGCCCUACGCGAUGUCCAAAGCCUAGACGAGCAGGAACAAACAAGGACUUAGUCUCCCAGGGCUCCGUGGCUGUGUCUUAUAAUCGACAACUUGUCCUGUUAUCGUCCAUCCACGUUGCCAUUGCUUCCGUGGCUGGGUGCUUUUGUCCAAUAUCAAUGCCAACUAGAGCCAAUGGGGUGAAGUUAUGGGUAUCAGGAAAGAAGCGAGAGAGAUUAUGAACAAGGGGACAGUUGGGGGAAUUGGGCCAACUGUGGAAGUCAGUAGUUCAAUUUCCAAUUAUAAAGGACUCCACGGAUGACGGAUACCAAAAUGCGCGGUGUCUUAAUUUAGUUAGCCUUAGCUCAGAUGCUAAAAGACAAUGGGUUGCUCGAUUGUACAGAGCCUCCUGAAUGUGAUCCUUUAAAAUCGAUGCUGGGGUAAGAUAAUAGGUUAGAAACA